AUGGAGUCUCUCCUCGCAUCGCGAUCCAUUAGGUCUUCCUUCUCCGCCGUCGCUAGCACCAGGGGCGCUUCCCCCAGGCCCUCGCGCGUCGCCACCCUCGCCGGCGCCGGCGCCGGCGCUCGCCCGCUCCGUGUUGGCCCCAAGGACUCAAUUCUUGAGGCGCUGGCAAAGGAUGAUAUGCUGAACGCAACAGAGCUAGUCCAAUGGGAGAAUGGCAUGACAGUGAACGACAUAGCGGCUAGCCAGGGGAUUCGCAUCCGCAGGCACUGCCGCCCCACUGCCUCCUUGAAGGAGAUAGAGGAGGGGCUGGGAGCCCCUCGUAACAUCCUAGAGACGAUCAUUUGGGACAAGGAGAUUGAAGUAGCUGAGGGGCAUGCUAAGAAGCCUCUGGAGGAGGUGAUUCAGGCUGCACAGAAGGCCCCUCCUUCAAGAGACUUCUAUGGUGCUUUAGAAGCUGCCUAUAAGCGUAAUGGGGUGCCUGCAUUGAUUGCUGAGGUCAAGAAAGCAUCCCCGAGUAGGGGCGUGCUCAGGGAGAACUUUAAUCCUGUUGAAAUUGCUCAAGCUUAUGAAAAGAAUGGAGCUGCAUGUUUGAGCAUUUUGACAGAUGAGAAGUACUUUCAGGGAAGCUUUGAGAAUCUUGAGAAGGUGCGCACCUCAGGAGUGAAGUGCCCCCUUCUCUGCAAAGAGUUUGUCAUUGAUAAGUGGCAAAUCUAUAAUGCUCGCUCUAAGGGUGCUGAUGCAAUUCUAUUAAUUGCUGCUGUGCUACCAGAUGUUGACAUAACGUACUUUGUUAAGAUUUGCGCAGAGUUGGGAAUGACAGCUCUUAUUGAGGUUCAUGAUGAAAGAGAGAUGGAGCGUGUGCUGAAGAUAAAUGGAGUUAAGCUUAUUGGUAUCAAUAACCGAAGCCUUGAGACAUUUGUUGUUGAUACUUCAAACACCAAGAUGUUGCUCGAGAAGCAUGGCGAUAGCAUCAGGGAGAAGGGAAUUUUGGUUGUUGGUGAAUCAGGUCUGUUCACGCCAGAUGAUGUUGCUUAUGUGCAGAAUGCUGGUGUUUCUGCUGUUUUGGUGGGGGAAUCCCUGGUGAAGCAAGAGUGCCCUGGACGAGCCAUUGUUGGGUUGUUUGGCAAAGAACUGCUGCACUGA